UUUGCAAUGCCCCACUCUGAUCUCAUAAGUAAACAUUAAUCUACGUCUAAUUUGACAAAAUAAGACCCAGUUCACAUAUAUAUGACCGCUAUAUUCAACAAAAUGAGAAAAAUCAAUUAAUGACUGUGAAAGAAUUAUUUUCCCCUUGUAACAUCUGGCUAGAGCAGAGAGAGAAAUUGUUGCUCCUUCGGACGUGUGCGAGUUUGUACUUUAAAGUUCCUAAGAAAUGACGAGAAUUUGUUAUUGGAUAUUAUGUUGUUUAAUUCUCUUUGUAACUGGAAAUGAAGACGCUAAGCGUCUGUAUUAUGAUUUGUUAAAACGAUCCUAUAACAAACUAAUUCGUCCUGUGAGUAAUAGUUCGGACAAACUGAUCGUGAAGAUGGGGAUUCGCUUGUCACAGCUGAUCGACAUAGAUGAAAAGAACCAGAUUAUGACAACAAAUGUUUGGCUGAGACAGGAGUGGUAUGACCAGGGUUUGAUCUGGAAUCCAGUUGAGUAUGGCGGGAUUCAGACGAUAGAGGUCCCUAUAGACGAUAUCUGGAACCCGGAUGUUGUACUCUUCAACAACGCUGAUGGUAAUUACGAGGUUACACUAAUGACAAAGGCCAUCCUCCACCCAGACGGUAAGGUGGUCUGGGAGCCACCCGCCAUUUACAAAAGCUCCUGCAUGAUUGACGUGGAGUUCUUCCCCUUUGAUAUUCAGCUGUGCAUCAUGAAGUUUGGGUCAUGGACAUAUGAUGGGAACCAGGUGGAUCUUGUCCAUCUGUGUGUGUCCGACAGCUCAUCUACGGAAGUCAUUCACAAAGGGAUCGACUUCCGUGAUUUCUAUCCAAGUGUUGAAUGGGACAUCCUGGAGGGGUCCGCCCAGAAAAAUUAUAAACGCUAUAUCUGUUGCCCCUCCCCCUUUCCAGACAUUACGUUUAACAUCACAAUGAGGAGGAAGACCCUCUUCCACACCGUUAAUCUGAUCAUUCCCUGUGUAUCCAUUUCAUUUCUGACAGUCCUCGUCUUUUAUCUCCCAAGUGAUAGUGGCGAGAAGAUUACUUUAUGUAUUUCAAUUUUACUCUCUUUAACCGUGUUUUUCCUGCUUCUUGCUGAUAUAAUUCCCCCAACAUCCAUUGUCGUCCCAUUAAUAGGGAAGUAUUUACUUUUUACAAUGAUACUCGUGACUUUAUCCAUUCUAGUGACUGUGAUAGUGCUCAAUGUUCACUUCCGGUCGCCAUCUACUCAUACAAUGGCACCAUGGGUCAGGAGAGUAUUCCUUAACGUUCUACCGCGGCUUCUUAUCAUGCGACGACCAAAUCUAGACAAUGAGCAUAGCACAACAAGGGUGAUAAGGACAUGUAAUGGUGUAGAAAUGACAGAAUCCUAUAAACAUAUGAUACGCCGCAGAGCGGAACAGAGGAAAUUCGAGAAUAGCAAUUUUAACGACGAGGACGAACCAAUUAGUGUAACAAAGGAGACGGAACUGAGCGUGCGUCGUCGAUUUAAACCAGUUCCCCGGGAGAUUAAAGACGCCGUGGACAGUGUGUGUUUUAUUGCUGAACAUCUGAAAAAAGACGACAAAGAAAACUCGAUAAAAGAAGACUGGAAGUAUGUGGCCAUGGUGCUAGAUAGACUGUUUCUAUGGAUAUUUACGAUAGCCUGUGUAGUUGGGACUUUUGGGAUUAUUCUACAGGCUCCCACACUUUAUGACGAUAGGCGAACUUUAACCCCACAAGCCCCUGACGACAGCUGUAUCAAACCCGAAUUCUGAUUGUGAUGUCACAGUAUCAAACAGAAGAUUCACGACUCUAUGAAAGCUCAACAACGAUUCAGUAAUUUACUUUUGAUAAACUUUUGAUACACCAAUAGGGACAUGCUGAUUUCAAUUCACUACCCCCCCCCCCCAUUCCAACAUAUAGAAUACCAAAAGUACUCCGUCAGCUAUACACGAAGUACACCAAUUAAGUCAAAAAAUGUCUUAGUUGGUGUUUGGGUUGCAAUUUUCAAAAAUCUUAUACUCUUAAAUAUCAUGAUCUGUUUAAAAGUGUCUUUUACGAUAAACUCCAGUCGCUGAAAAGGACACUUAACAUAUCAGGGAGAGAGAGAGAAAGAAAGAGAGAGAGUAAACGUACAUGUAUUUAUUGUUCCUUUAGUACAUCUGUGCCAAUAAGAUAUACAAUGUAUUGAUGCAUUUGUUUGAAAAUGUGAUAUCAUUAAAGAAUAUACAAUGUUUAAAUGUUUAAAACACUAUGUAACAUCAAACUGACGACAUUUCAUCGCAUAUAAGGUAUCACUGGAUGAAAUGAUAAUCUAAGCUUAAUUAUUAUUAAGUUUGAAUCAAAAUUUUAUGUAUAGAGAAUUGUCUUUUGUAGAUCAUACAUUUAUAUAAAAAUGUG